ACCUGCAGAGAGUUGAGACUCUGAAGACUGAAGGAAGAAAAAAACAGACGAAGAGAAAAAUGCUGUUUAAAGCAGCAGAACCGAAGUGAAGCGAUUUAAGCCGGACUGAGGACGUCUGACCCAGACUCACCUGACCCAGGACCAGUCUGAGCUCAACUGGAUCCACCUGAGACUAAAGGUUUCUCAACUUUUCUCUGAAGCAGGAAGUGAAGCAGCAGCAGACAUGGGCAGUAAGGAGCGUUACCAUUGGCAGGCUCAGAACGUGAAGGUGAGCGGUGUGGACGACAUGGUGCUGCUGUCCAAGAUCAACGAGGAUGCCAUCACGGACAACCUGAAGAAGAGAUACAUGGACGACUACAUCUUUACCUACAUCGGCCCGGUGCUCAUCUCUGUGAACCCGUUCAAACAGCUGCCAUAUUUCACCGGGAAGGAAGUGGAGCUUUACCAGGGAGCGGCUCAGUACGAGAACCCCCCCCACAUCUAUGCGCUGGCUGACAACGUGUACAGAAACAUGAUGAUUGACAGCGAGAACCAGUGUGUCAUCAUCAGUGGUGAGAGCGGCGCGGGAAAAACUGUAGCUGCCAAGUACAUCAUGAGCUACGUGUCCAAAGUGUCCGGAGGAGGCGACAAAGUUCAGCGUGUCAAAGACAUCAUCCUGCAGUCCAACCCUCUGCUCGAGGCUUUCGGAAAUGCCAAAACCGUCCGCAACAACAAUUCCAGCAGAUUUGGGAAAUACUUUGAGAUCCAGUUCAGUCGAGGAGGAGCUCCUGAUGGAGGCAAAAUCUCCAACUUCCUUCUAGAGAAAAGUCGAGUUGUCUCUCAGAAUCAAGGCGAGAGAAACUUCCACAUCUACUAUCAGCUGCUGGCAGGAGCCAGUGCGGAGCAGAGGGAGAACCUUGGGGUCACGACCCCUGACUACUACAACUACCUCAACCAAUCAGGAACCUACACGGUGGAGGACGUUAACGACAAGAAGGAGUUCUCAGAUACAAUGGAGGCCAUGUCAGUUGUGGGUCUGUCACUGGAAGAUCAGGAUUCGGUUCUUCAGCUAGUCGGGGGAAUUCUUCAUUUGGGAAACAUCAGCUUCAGAGAGGAGAACAACUACGCUGUGGUUGAGAGCCAGGACUUUCUGGCCUUUCCAGCCUACCUUCUGGGAAUCUCUCAGGAUGGUCUCUGUAAGAAGCUGACCAGCAGGGUUAUGGACAGUAAGUGGGGCGGGAAGACUGAAUCCAUCUCGGUCACCCUGAACACCGAGCAGGCCUGUUUCUCCAGAGAUGCCCUGUCCAAAGCGCUGUACGCCCGACUCUUCGACUUCCUCGUUGAUUGUAUUAAUAAAGCCAUGCAGAAGGACCGGGAGGAGUUCAACAUCGGAGUCCUCGACAUUUACGGCUUCGAGAUCUUCCAGCAAAAUGGUUUCGAGCAGUUCUGCAUCAACUUUGUCAACGAGAAGCUGCAGCAGAUUUUUAUUGAGCUCACUCUGAAAGCCGAACAGGAAGAAUAUGUUCAGGAGGGAAUCAAAUGGACCCCCAUUGACUAUUUUAACAACAAGGUGGUCUGUGACCUCAUUGAGUCCAAACUGAAUCCUCCUGGGAUCAUGAGCAUCCUGGAUGACGUGUGCGCCACGAUGCACGCUAAAGGAGAGGGGGCGGAUCAGACCCUGCUCCAGAAACUGCAGGGGCAGAUUGGAUCUCAUGAACACUUCAGCAGCUGGAACAAAGGAUUCAUUGUCCACCAUUAUGCUGGCAAGGUGUCAUAUAAUGUCAGCGGGUUCUGUGAGAGGAACAGAGACGUGUUGUUCAGUGACAUCAUUGAGCUGAUGCAGAGCAGUGAAUUUCCGUUCAUCAGAGCUCUGUUCCCUGAGAACCUGGAGGCGGAGAAGAAAGGGCGACCGACCACCGCCAGCAAUAAGAUCAAGAAACAAGCUAACAGUCUGGUGCAGACCCUGAUGAAGUGCACUCCCCACUACAUACGCUGCAUCAAACCCAAUGAAACCAAACGCCCCCGAGACUGGGAGGAGAACCGGGUUAGACACCAGGUGGAGUACCUGGGGCUCCGAGAGAACAUCAGAGUUCGUCGAGCUGGAUAUGCUUACAGACGAGUCUUUAACAAGUUUCUGCAGAGGUACGCCAUCCUGACCAAGGAGUCCUGGCCUCGAUGGACAGGCGAUGAGCGUAAGGGAGUGCUGCACCUCCUUAACUCAGUCAAUAUGGACCAGGAUCAGUUCCAGUUGGGGAAAACCAAAGUCUUCAUCAAAGCUCCAGAGUCGCUCUUUCUGUUGGAGGAGAUGAGGGAGAGGAAAUUUAACUGGUAUGCUCGCGUCAUCCAGAAGGCAUGGCGCAAACACAUCGCUGUUCGCAAGUAUGUCAAGAUGAGGGAGGAAGCCUCGGACGUCGUGUUGAACAGAAAGGAGCGCCGCAGAAACAGCAUCAACAGGAACUUUGUGGGCGACUACAUCGGGACCGAUAACCAUCCUGAGAUCAGACAGUUUGUCGGCCGCAGAGAAAGAAUCGACUUUACUGAUGUUGUGGUGAAAUAUGACCGAAGAUUCAAGUCUGCGAAGCGGGACCUCAUCCUGACACCAAAUUUCCUUUACAUGAUUGGUCGAGAGAAGGUGAAGCACGGUCCAGAUAAAGGUCAGAUCCAGGAAGUUCUUAAGAGGAAGAUGGAGAUCAACAACAUCCAGUCUGUUUCUCUGAGCACUCUGCAAGAUGAUUUCUUCAUCAUCCAUGAGGAGCAGUAUGACAGUGUACUUCAGAGUGUCUUUAAAACGGAGUUUCUGAGUCUGCUGGUGAAACGUUAUGAGGAGAAAACUCAGAAGAAGCUGCCACUAAAAUUCAAUAACCUUCUGGAGUUUAAGGUGAAGAAGGGUAGCUGGGGUCCGUUCAGCUCUUCGGGAUCCAGACAGAUCCAGUUCCAGGUGGGUCAGGGUGACGAAGCAGUCCUGAAGCCCGGUGGAAAGGUCCUCCAGGUUUCCAUUGGACCGGGUCUGCCUAAAAACUCCCGGCCUACACGGAAGGACAACCGCAAGAGUCGCUACAUGGGAAAACAGGCUCCAUCCACUAACCAGCACAGCUCAGCUCCUCGCUCCAGAGGGGACAGAACCCUGAAGGAGGGCAGCGCCUACUCCAGAGGCUCAUUACUGAGACAUCAGACCAGCAUGGAGCAGCCCACCCUGCCCCGCCUCCAGAACCAGCGUAGCCGUAACAGUCGUCCCCCUCAAAACCAGGACAUGGGCUUUAUGGAUGUUCCCGAACAGGGCGCUGCAGGGGUGCAUCGGCGCCUUUCAAAGGAGGUGAAACCUCUUCCUGGAACAGGUCGACCCAAACCGAAGCCCCGCACUCCUCAGUGCAGAGCUCUGUACGCCUAUGACGCCCAGGACACUGACGAGCUUAGCUUCAAUGCUGAUGACGUCAUCGAGAUACUCACUGAAGAUCCGUCUGGUUGGUGGUUCGGUCGCUUGCGGGGCAGAGAGGGGAUGUUCCCUGGAAACUAUGUGGAGAAGAUCUAGACCUCAUGUCCAGGGGUCAGAGGUACCAACCUGCUGCCUCAGCUGGGGUCAGAGGUCAAAGGAACUUUCAAUACAUGAGCUGAGAGCAAACAGAAGGCUUACUGCUGAAGAUGGCGUGUUAACAAACACAUGUAUGAUUCAGUCUCAAAGGCAGCAACAGCUGCACUGUCCCUAGAGGUGAAAGGUCAGGGUCUGGUGUGCCUACCUGCUGAUUCCUGGACUCUAAAUGUCCUAUUAACACUGCACACAGGUUGCACAUCCUCAUAAAGCUUUGUUUUCACUGUCCUUAUGUGACGUCAGUCUCUGAUCAUCUCAGGUGUUUUUUUUUUUUAAUUAUCCAAACAGUGAAAGAGUUGUAGUGCUGUGUGUUUCACAAUUUGUCUCUUCACACACCCAGAUUUUCAUUUUCCAGUUCAAAGACUUUACAACUUUUUGGCUUACAAGAGAUAGAAAGAGGAAGGCUGCAGCUUCAGCUCGUGGCAGGAGGCUGCAUUACAUUAUAGAGCUGAUGGUUAACCAGCGUUGUACAAAAAUGUGAAUAAUUAGUUUAGCCAACUAGUAUUUCUAGGACUGGAGAAACUUCAGAUUUCGUGAGUCCUCACGAAAUUUGAAGUUUCUCCUGCACCCCCCUGUGUUUUUCUUUCAGGGCUGCUACAGACGGAGCAUAGUGGGAGAUUGAAAGCCAUCUGCAGUGUUUGACCUUAACAGAGGAGAUGAACAGACACUGAACGUCACACAGAAGCUUUGACAUAAAUAAAUGUAUUUUAUCCUUCUCAUCAUGUAGAACUGAAAGAUUUUUUUUAUCUGAAAGAUGAAAUAAACUGAUGUAAACGAUUAAAGAGCUUCCGCUCGGGUCA